CUUCGGUGUUUAGGGAGUUACUAUUCCAAUCGAAAGCCAACGGUGUUAGUUUGGUAACUCUCGGGGUUCAAUCACUGAAAGGAUUCAAAUCACUGAGUUCGGAAGGAAACAAACAUACGACGACCAAAUGAAGAUGCCGAGCUCCGCCAGCUUUCUGUGCGCAUCCCUCGUUCUGUGCGUCGCCGUCUCUCAUUCGCUUGGGCUUGUUCUCUCUGAGGCAAAAGAAAGAAGGAAUUGGACAUUAAACAGUGUAGGAUACCUACUAGGAGCACAGGCCAUGCUUAAUUAUCCACACUUAAAUAAAAAGCUCAACCCUAUUGGCAAACGUGACCUGCAAUUCGAAGACAACGUUAAACCUGAAAUGGGUGUACUUGACGAAUUGCUGUCACUGUCUUCACCUGAACUCGGCCAGUCAUAAUCCAUUAGGGCCGACUUUCUCGAAAGUGACAGCGUGGGAUUAUCAACUGCAACUUGAAUAAAUCCAAUGGUAUUCAUGACAAUUUAAGAUAAACUAUAAUUAGAUGUUUGGAAAUAUUAAUUUGUAUUACUUUUGUUGCUUUGAUCUCAAUACCAAUA